CUACCUGGCCCUGCCCCUACCUGGCCUCCCCUACCUGGCCCUGCCCCUACCUGGCCUCCCCUACCUGGCCCUGGCCCACCCGCCAUCCCCUCCCCCACUCUGCACUAGAGAGUGGGUCUCAGAUUCACUAGUCCUUUCCCUAAGGAAGUCGGAUCCCAUUGGCAUCGAACUCCCAAGAUGAUCUGGAGCAGCCCUCAGACCAGGGUGGGAAGGGAACCCCAAACCCCACAGGGUCAGCUGUGGAGCCUGCCCCUGUCUUUUCCCCUCCCCUUCCCCCAAGCCCCCAUUUCCUUCCAGGCUGUUUCUUUUUUUAUGACUGUAAACAUAGAUAGUGCUUUAUUUUGUUAAUAAUAAGAUAAUGAUGAGUAACUUAACCAGCACGGUUCUCCUGUUGACACUCGGGGGAUUUCCUUUCGUUUUGUUUUCUGAUGGCAUAAUAAAGACAGAUCAUUUCGGAAUCUGGCCCUUGUGCGGGGGAGGGGGAGGCCGGCCGAGUCCGGAAGCCGGGCACCACUGCCCCCUGGUGGCAGCCGGCGGGAGCUUCAGGCGUGCGGGGAGGAGCCGGCUCCAGCAAGGGAGGCCCAGGUGGAGCCCGUGGGUGACACAGGACAUCCACGGAGCCCACACGGAGCGCCCCUGCCUUGACCAGACGAGCCCACCCAGGUCUUCAGAAACGAGGCAGUGGAGGCAGAGCUUGGACUGGCAAAUGAAGGCCUCGAGGGUCCGUAUUUGGACUGGACUUAAAGAACUUUUCAACAGAGAUGUUCACAAAUGGAGUGAACGUCCCAGCGCAGGAAGUAGUAGUCGGAGGCUCUGGGAGUCCCAGAUCGGAGAAGGCGGUGGUGAGGGCAGGAUGGCUGGUGUCCUGGAGCCCUACCCCCCACCCCCCCAGGGGGCGGAUGGGUCAGGUGGGACGCAGAGGCCAGGAACACGGUGUCCUGCUGGUUACCAGGAAGGCCGGGCCACAAGCUGUUCUCUGCCCCCGCGGUGCCUCUCCCGCAGAGACCGAGGGUCAGAGCCCAUGGGGAAGGUGAACCUCUGCCCACAGGUCGUUUGCCUGGAGCUCCCUGGAAGGGGCCCGAGGGGGUGGAGCCCGGCUCACACUCGGGAGGCCUGCAGCUUAGCCAGUUGGGUGGGGGUUCUGGUUAGUGGGGGGGGUGCUGGGGAAGGAGAGAUGGUAGAAGGCCCAGGCUUUGGGGGGCACGCCCCCACCUGCUCGCAAUCCUGGAGGACUGAGCAUACUUUCUCAAAGAAGGCAGUGGGGUGGUAGCGCCAGGUCAACUCCUUCCCGUGCAGAUGGUGGCCAGGGCCUUAGGGGCACAGGAUGACACCCCGGGAGCCCUGUCCCUGCUUUCCCUACUCGCCAUGGCAACACCUGCCUCCAACGCCGUGACAUAAGGCCCAGGAGGCCAGAAACAAAGGUGUGCCUUCAGUGUUAAUUCUGCCCUCUGUUCCAGGGCUGGCUCUGGCAGGAACGAGGAGGGUGGGCACUGCCAUGUAGUCCACCUGUCCCCACAGAUGACCUUCAGGUGCCCCAUCUGUCCAGCCCUGGCCCCCCUAUCCUCGAUGAGCACCCCUCCUAGGCUGCCACCCCUGGGUCCCCGUGACCUUGAAGGCCCCAGCGGUUGCCAUGGCAUCCUGGUGCUUCUGCAGGUAAAAACCAAACAACCAGAGUCCACCUGGCAGGCGGCUGUUCCAGCCCUGCCCCUAAGGGCACUGGGCACAUUCUGGAAGUAGAACUAGCAACCGGGCUGCUGGGAGGGGAUGCCCCUUCUCACCUUUGCAGUUUCUGCCCUCUCUUCCCUCUCGCCUUUUCGGAAGGUAAACAGAAAGUUCCAGACAUCACUCAUGCCAGCUGUCAGGCAGAGCAGCUCCCUUUCCCAGUAGCUGGGAGCCAGGCACGACUGUUUAAGGUGGCUGGAGCCCUUCCACGCAGGGCUUCACGGGCUCACCGCCGUGCUUGGCCAAGGUCCCUGUGCUCCUUGGCUCCCCUGCGUCCAGCUGAUUCUAACCAGCCGGUCAAAGGCAGAGGGGCUGAGAGUCACCAGCCCUGCCCGCUCUACAGGGAGCUUCGGAGCCCAGUGCGUGGGGAAGCGCAGCGUCACGUCCAGGGGGACAAA